AUGGUACUCACAGAUGGGAAAGUUAGAUCGGUGGAGGGUAUUCUUAAGGUGUUUGAGGAGUUUGGGAAGAUGUCUGGUCUUAGAAUUAGCAUGGAGAAGUCGACAAUUUAUCUUACAAGAGUGACUGAGGUAGUUCGCGCUGAUAUAAGUAACAAGUUUCAUUUCCAACCUGAAUCUGAUACGAAGGCUGGCUCAUGGAUGUGGAGGAAAAUCCUCAAAUAUCAAUCACUUGCGUGUACGUCUCAUAAGAUGGACAUUCAGAGUGGAGAGGGAACGUUUUUCUGGUAUGACGUUUGGUCUGAGAUGGGGAGGCUAUUUGAUUUAACAGGGCCAGGAGGAGUGAUAGAUAUGGGUAUUCUUCUGAAUGCCACCAUUGCUUCUCUAGUUCGUCGACGAAGGCGACGUCACAGGAAUGACGUUUUGAAUGAAAUCGAGCAAGUGUUGUCUGUUCGUAUAUCGCAUUUGCAGCACGGCUCUUCAGACAUUGCCCUUUGGAAGAGGAAGAAUGGUUUAUUCAGGGAUAGUUUCUCAUCAAAAUGCACUUGGCAGCUUAUUCGACGUGAAUCUGCUCAGCACUUUUGGCACUCAGGCAUAUGGUUUAAACAUUCCACCCCUAAAUUCACGAUUUUCUCUUGGUUGGCGAUUCAGAUUCGGCUAUCGACAGGUGAUCGCAUGCAGGUGUGGAACGCAGGAGCAAGCUCUGUCUGUAUUCUCUGCAGUUCAGCUAUGGAAUGCCAGAACCAUCUCUUCUUCUCAUGUUCUUACUCGGAGGAAGUAUGGACCAAAUUAACUAAGGAACUGAUGCAAAGAAGAUUUACAAUCUCCUGGGACGACAUUAUUUAG